UUAUUAGUGCCAUUUCACGAUCUGUGCUAUAAAGUGAUUAUUAACCGUCUAAUGUGUUUGUUUACAGUUCGGUUUUCUUAAUUAGUUUUAUUCGAGCAUCUGGAUUAGCUUAAUGUGAAUUAUCGUUCUCUCGGAAGGUUAUUUGGAUUCCACUGAUUUAUAGUCAUAUAUUUUGGUGAACCUGUUUUCGCAUACAUGGAGUUCCAGUUGGACAGUGCGGAAUAUUGCCAGGCUCAACACAAAUAAACUAGUCACGAGAGCAAAUAACUAAAUCACUGAACUUAGUCAUUUUGCAACGUUGCCAUAGUUUAUUGGAUUUACCUCAAAAAGCCAAAUAAGCUGUGCGUCGUAACAAUAUUCUAAUGAGCUUAUUCUAAUUGUCGAGUUUUUUUACAUUGCUGAAGCAUAUCAACUAGUGUAAAUAACUACCUGAAGCAAGUUACUUAAGUUAUUCAAUUAAUUUCCGUUUCCUUUCGAGAGACUGAUUUUCUAAUCGAGGGUGUAGCAGCCUAUAUAUAAGCCAAUAAAUUUAAAAUUAGUGACUGAAUUCAUUUUGAAACAUUUUGGAAUGUCUACCGGGAUCAUGAGGCAAAAGGAUAUCCGACCAGCACCCUCUGAAAUCGAAUACAAAGGGCUCAACUUUUUAAUCACUGAUAGACCAUCUGACCAAAACAUCCUUCUUUACAUUCAGGAAUUACAAAAACACAAGGUUACAGCGGUGGUGCGGGUGUGCGAGCCAUCCUACAAGACCGACGAGUUAAACCAAGUGAACAUUGAGGUAUUUGACUUGAUGUACGACGACGGCACAUUCCCGCCCAACGAUAUAGUCGAGCAAUGGUUCAAGGUCCUGAAGAAACAGUUCAAGGCACAUCCAGAUGGUUGUGUUGCAGUCCAUUGCGUCGCUGGCCUCGGUCGUGCGCCGGUAAUGGUCGCGCUUGCGCUUAUCGAACUUGGCCUUAAGUAUGAGGAGGCUGUCGAGCUUAUUAGAGAGAAAAGGCGAGGUGCAAUAAAUGCAAAGCAAUUGGCGUUCCUGGAAAAGUACCGUCCGAAAUCACGCCUAAAACCCAAAAACGGACGACACAAUUCCUGCUGCGUUCAAUAAGUAAAAAAUCUCCACAUAGAAUUUAUGAUAUACUUAAUAUAUGUGUUCAUCUCUUUAAAAAAAUAUACAGGACACUCCUAUAGAUAUGUCUUAAAAAUAUGUGUGAAAUAUACGUAAAAAUUAAAACCGCUUUCUCUAUUUGGUUAAAAAAAAAUCAAAAAUUAUUUUCAAUUGAUGUGGAACAUGUCUUAGAAUUAAAGAGAUUAAUGACAUUAGGAUAAAUAUGUAUACUUGUUGAUUGGUUUCGGCUGUAAAAGAUAUGUUCUUAAAUUUUAAAACGGUAGUGAUGUAAAUGUGCGUAAAACUCAGCAGUAAAUUUUAAGUUCUAUUAUAAUUAUUAUUUCGGUUUUUAUCUUUAAUACUGCUUUUAUAUUAAAGAUAUACAAAACUCACGUUAUAUUUUAAUGAAUGUAAAUGUUAACGAUUAUUUUGUAUUUUUUUUUAUUCAGUGAUUUUUUUUUGACGAGUACAUACUAGUUCUUUUUCUUUACUAUUAAGGGACUUCUGACUUAUGUAAUAACUAUUUAUAAUUAUUAUCCCUCUGAUAGAAUUCUUAGUUAUAUUGUUUGACUGCAUCCAGUGACAUUUUUGAACAUGUAAUAUUAUUUACAGGAUCCCUCUGCAUUCAUUCGUUACCCUAUCACCCAGGAUUGAUUUUAAUCAAUAUGUAUAUUUGGUUAUAUAUAAUAAUUAUUUGAAGUCCUUACAUGAAUAUUUCAUCACGUUAGCUUUCAAGAUUUUUAUUGUAGACCCUAAAAAAUAUAUUUUAAUAUUAUGGGUA